AUGAUAUCAGACACUCAGAAAUCAUUUAAAGAUUUCUUGGAAACGUAUGCUAUAAGAAAAAAGUUGCCAGAAAAAAAAAAGUAACAAAAACUGAAUCCUAUGUUUCUAUUAACCAAAUACCAACCACAAGGGAAUUCAAUUUAAAUUGAAUAAAAUUUUAGUUACGCCAUCACUAAUUCUAAAGUGACUCAUAUUGAUCCUCCACUGAGUUUACGAUUCAAAACCUUGGAGAGUGAAAAAAAUAAUAUGUCAGGUCUAGUGUUGUUUCGUAAGAAUAGAUGGAGAUAAAAGGAAAAGAAUUCAUGUUUAAUUAGAAAUUCCGAAUUAUUCAACAGUGUUAUUCAAAAAUCAUCUAGGUUUCAUAGUUAAUAAUAAUUGGUACCAAUGAAAUCAUAAGAUUAACUAAUUUAGGGAUACUUGACAGAAUUGUCUCGAAAGAGAAAGGUUGCUCCGAAACCAUAAGGAACAGAUGAAUUAUUGAAUUAUGAAGUGGAUCAAAUAUAUUUAGAUAUCACAAGAAGAGAUAAUAUCUUAAGUGUUAAGUUUCCAAAUAAAAACUACCCUGGAGUGAAAUAAGUAUUUCGAAAUCUUUUAGCAACUGCAUAUGAUCAAUAAAUGUUUUUAGACUUGUCUCGUUUAAGAGUAAUUCAUUUAGGCAUGCAGUUAACUAAUGCUCACUUUUUCAAGUUCAAAUACCAUUUUUUAAAUAAGUACAUGCUUUUAAAUAUCUCAACUGAAAAGAUGUUCCAUUGUUGCGAACGCAUUGAAAAUAUUAGGCCUUACAUCCUUAAUGAAGUAUUAGAAUUCGAGAUUUAUGGGGGUGAAGAUGGCAUCAAGGCUAUCACAAAAUCAAUGUACAAAAAGAUAUUAUCCGAUGUCACAUUAGCUCCAUAUUUCGAAAAUAUUGAUGUACCCACUUAAGAGUUGAAAUUUGCUAGACUCUUCUUUUAAUUAAUAUAUCAUUUGGAUUCUCCAAAUUAUUCAUGUGAAGUGCUUAGAGAAAGGCAUGUAAAAUAUGGCCUGACAAAUGUAUAACUCACAAAUUUUAAAUACUAUCUAUCAUUAACCUUACAGAAAACUGGCAUACCAUGGAGGAACAUCAGAUAACUUCUAAGAAGAAUGGACAUUUAUAAAUAUGCAAUCAUAAAUAAAAAUGAUCUGCAAUAUUAUGUAAAUUAGUUGGGAUUUAAUUUAUUUAUUGAAACCUUUGUAAAUAGUUGUGCAUAAGAUGCUAUGUUAUCUGAAUUGAUUCAUCGUAGAGGCAGAUAACGUUUUGUUGCACAUUGCUGUAAUAUAUUUCAUUACUUUUUUCGUUAUAACAUUAAGGCUAUCACAAGGGAAGACUUACACUUAAUUCAUUAGAAGAAGGCUAUAAUAAAUGAAAAGAUUUUUGAUAAGUUCAAAUAAAAGGCAGUUGAAUCUGUAAGAAAUUUGACUGAUGAUAGUUUAGUAUUAUAAGACUUCAUAGAAGACUGGGAUGAGAUCAAACCAAUAAUCUUAGGGGAAACAAGAGAACAACAAAUUUUAAGUUUAGGUCAAGAUUAUCUGAUCCCAAAAUUAGUCUCUAUUUUGGAGUAUGAAUUUGUUUAAAGGCAUUUGAAUAAAAUCUAUGAAACUGAAGAGGCAGAAAUGAGCCAAAGCAUCCUUUGCAAAUUAAAUCUACUUCUCUAUGGAGUUAGGUUUUUUAAGAAACAGGACUUGUAAAUCAUCCACAAAAGAUUCAAAAUCACUUCCUUGCAAUACUAUGACUUUGCCUAAUGUUUCAAAAUUGCUUUAGAAGAAUACAAAGUUUUGAACUAUGUUCAUUAGUUAAUUGAAGAAUAUGAGUAAUUUAUAGUCUCUGAUUGA